AUGGCGUUCGAACGGCGCAACAACGCGCUCGACAUCAACCCACCAAACGCAGACCGAAAAUUAAGUGAACAUGGUUCUGACUGGUUAUGGGCGGUUAUGGCCGUGUUUGGAGUUGCUUUACUCUCCUGGCUAGCAUGGACUUUACUUCGAUUUAAGUCUCGAGCAGUUGCAAAGACACCCAAACAUCACGAAAAUGGAGCUGGAAACGCUGGUGUACAUGGAACUGCCGCUGCUGUUGUUCCAGGUUAUGGGGAACGAAUCUUCCACUAUCUCUGGGCUCUUGCUGCAUUCAUCGGUCUCAUCACAUACUUCACCAUGGCAUCAGACUUGGGCAACACACCUAUCCGACAAUACCUCCAUCAUGGCUCAAACCCUCUGCAGACUCGUCAAGUCUUCUACGUACGCUACAUCUAUUGGGCUUUGGCUUGGCCUCUCAUUAUCACCGCCAAUCUCCUCCUCGCUGGUGUCAGCUGGGCAACAAUCUUUUUCGCCAUUGCCCUACAAGAGAUCUGGGUUGUAUCAUGGCUUUGUGGUGCUCUUGUUGCUACUAGCUACAAGUGGGGAUACUUCGCCUUCGGUAUCUUCGCAUACCUCGUCCUCGCAUAUGUCAUGAUGGUCUGGGGUGUCCAGCACGCAAAGCGCAUCCGCACAAACAAGGACUAUACUCUUCUCGCAGGAACACUGGUGUUGUUGUGGAUUGCCUUCCCAAUCGCAUGGGGCUUGAGUGAGGGAGCCAACAGAUUGUCCAUCACGGGCGAGAUGAUCUUCUACGGUAUUCUCGACCUCAUCGCUGUCCCAGUGUACGGAACAUUGUUCUUGAUUUACAGCCGUCGUUUCCAUCCGGGUCUGUUCCAUUUCACCCAAGAGGGACGUGUUACUGGAAUUAAUCAUGUCGACUCGUUUGCCUCCGGCAACCAUCAGGGAGGUGUCGUGCAAGGUGGAGUUUGA